UGUCAAGGACCUUCCUCGUAUUACGCCACUUCAGGGACCAUGCCGUGUAAUCUAUCUAUCUCCAGCUCCAGCGACGUUUGCUGGUUAAUACAGACCUGGAACAGAACAUGUGCCAGUGUUUUGGAGUAUAAGUAGGUACUAGCUGCGAAGUUCCCGAUAUCCUGCUCCCCAGCCUCUCGAACUCGGAUGGAUCUCCUGAAGUCAUUCUUGAUACUCUUCAUCUCGGUUUUUACCCUUCGCCUCCUCGUAAAGCGUCAUCGUCGCUGGUUGCACCUACCUCCUGGACCAAAGGGCUUGCCUAUCGUCGGAAAUAUCGUUGAAACACGAGCAAUUGCGAACAGCAAUGAGCCACCGUGGGUUACGUAUUCCAAGUGGUCGGACAUCUAUGGCGACAUAUUCACUUUCCAAGUCCUUGGCUCCCGCACGGUCAUUCUUAACUCAUACAAAGCAAUUAUGGAGCUUCUGGAGCGCAGAUCCUACAAUUACUCUGACAGACCUUGCACCUCUGUCAAUGCUCAACGAUUUACUCAGGUGCUGGGCUCUUGUAUUGCCGUUUCAACCUAUGUCACCGAUCUCCAUCUCGUUCUUUCAGUUAUGCGAUACUCUGACUGGUGGAGAUUGCACCGGAAGACUGUUCACCAAUCUUUCAACCAUUCUCAAGUUCUACCAGAAUACUACGACAUUCAGAAGGAAAGAACCUCCUUAUUGAUACGGAAGCUAGCCACGUCGCCGAAAAAUUUCUUCGAACAUGUCAGGGCGCAUUCUGGAGAAACGAUCCUUGAAAUUGUGUACGGUUAUCGCACUCAAGAAGAUAUCGAUCUGUACGUUCAGCUGGUCGACGAGGCGAUGCAGGGAAUGAAUGCAUCAGGUGUCGGAAUAUAUCUGGUCGACUAUUUCCCGAUACUAAAACACGUACCCGCCUGGUUUCCGGGUGCAAGAUUCAAAACCGAAGCUGAAGUGUGGGCUCGAAAUGCAGAUCGACUAGUCAACCUUCCAUGGGAACUCAUACAAAAACUCAUGGACGAAGGAAGCGCCGUGCCCUGCUUCUGCACACGAAACUUGGAGAAAUUCAGAAAAACAGCUACUUCAAACAACAAUCUGGCCACGGAUGAAUUCAUCAAGAACUGUGCUGCCACAUCUUUUCUUGGCGGUGCCGAGACUACCGUGUCGGCUGUUCUGUCUUUUAUUCUAGCGAUGGUGUUGAAUCCUCGAAUCCAAGCACGAGCACAAAAAGAACUCGAUGAAAUCACCGGUUCCGCCAGGCUACCGGAGUUCGCUGACCGUGAAAACUUGCCAUAUAUCCACGCCAUCCUUUUAGAGACAUUAAGAUGGAAUCCUGUCACGCCAACUUUGACUGAAAGGGAUUUCAUUAUUAUUUACUAG